CCGCCUGGCCGCCCCGGGCGAGAUGCAGGCGGCUGUGCCCCCCCUGCGGGAGCUGCAGCUCGAGCACCGGCGCCUCCUGCCGCCCGCCCCCCUCCUGCGCUUCCGAGGCCUGGCCACUUUCCAGGGCCGUGUGCUGUACGCUGACCCCGGGCCCAGCCCUGAGCUGGUCGGGCUGGCCCACACCCUGGAGCGGGGAUUUGCCAGGAAAGGGCUGAGUGUGGUCAAGCUACAGGGCCACGACUGCUUCCACCUCACCGUGGCCAAGAUCCCGGCGGGCAGGAAGCCGCGGCCGAGCCUGCCCCUGGAGCUGCCUCCUGCCGAGAAGCUGGGGACCCAGGCGGUGGAGUCGCUGUGUCUGUGCCAGAUGUGCCUUUGGGGGUUUUUUGGCGCUCUUUCGAAGGCUGGCCAAAAAGCUCAGAAGCGGGGAGAAAAGAGAAAGAGAAAACUGAGACAACGUUAGUUUCAGAUCAAGGUGGAAAUAUACACAACAUCCAACAAAGGAUCUACUCUUUAAAAAAAAAAUUUCAACAAAAGAAAAAGUCACAACCCGACCUGCUGAAGUUUAGAAUUAAAAAAAGUAGAAAAGAUACUUUACAAAAUACAAUGAAUUUC